AUGACUAGAAAGAAGGUGAAACUUGCAUUCAUAGCCAAUGACUCUGCAAGGAAGGCAACAUUCAAGAAAAGGAAGAAGGGUCUAAUGAAGAAGGUUAGUGAGCUUAGCACCCUUUGUGGGAUUGAUGCUUGUGCUAUAGUUUAUAGUCCUUAUGAUCCUCAACCAGAGGUUUGGCCAUCUCCAAUGGGCGUUCAAAGGGUGCUUGCCAAGUUCAGGAGAAUGCCUGAAUUGGAACAGAGCAAGAAGAUGGUGAACCAAGAGAGUUUUCUGAGGCAAAGGAUCCUAAAGGCCAAAGAGCAAUUGAAGAAACAAAGGAAGGAUAAUAGGGAAAAGGAGAUGACUCAACUCAUGUUUCAGUACCUUAGUGCAGGUAAAAUUAUGCACAAUAUAAGCAUGGUUGAUUUGAAUGAUUUGGCAUGGUUGAUUGAUCAGAACUUGAAGGACAUCAACAGAAGAAUUGAAGUGUUGACUAAGAAUGCUCAAAGUCAAGUCCAAAUGCCCCCACCAAUGGUGACUGAUGGAGUAGCCAAGAUUGAAGAUAAGGCACAAGGGAGUCAUGGCCAGGGGUUUGAUAUGAACAUGGAUCUCAUGCAGAAGCAGAACUGGUUUAUCAAUUUGAUGAAUAGUGGUGGUGGGAAUGAUGCAGUAUCUUUUGGAGAUGUUAAUCAUCAAGGCUUUUGGACUAACCCAUUUUUCCAUUGA